AUGGCGAGCAGAGCAAGAGACCCCAUGAUGCAGAGCAGAACAGCUGCGCAUGGCGGUGCCGGGAUGCAUGUCGAUCCGAUGGAGCUGCAGAUGCCGAAUUCUGGAAGGACUGGUGCCUGGCAAGCCCCUCCAGAGCGCCGGGAGCAAAAACCGCCGGAUCCCAUCGUGCCAGUGCAGAGCCAGGGGCUGGGGAUCUGGGCUCAGGCCUUCCCUGAGUGGGACAACUUGGUUCGUGCGGCUUUGCCUCGGUUGGGUGUUCAUGGCAGCUUCCGACCUCUUCAGCGCGAGGCAAUCAAUGCCUGCCUUGCCGGGCGAGAUGUCUUUGUCAGAAUGCCAACGGGAGGCGGGAAGUCUCUCGUUUACCAGAUACCCGCAGUUGUGAAGCCUCUAGUCAUCGUUAUCAGCCCACUGGUUUCCUUGAUCCAGGACCAAGUGCAGGAGCUGACUGAUAUCGGAGUGGGAGCCUCGUCCGUGAGAUCUCGUGGAGACGAGUCCGGCGAAGACAUCCACCAGGUCUCCAAAAGAAUGGUCGAUGGUGAUCUUCAGAUUGUCUAUGUCACGCCGGAGAUGAUGCACCAAAGUGCCGUGCUGCAGAAGACGCUGCGACGCCUUUACACGGAGCAGCGUUUGCAACGGUUCGUCAUUGAUGAGGCGCAUUGUUGCUCUACCUGGGGAAAUGAAUUCCGAGAGAGCUACUUGGAGCUUCGGAACCUCCGGGUCUCCUUCCCAAAUGUACCUAUCCUCGCGUGCACUGCGACUGCGACCGAUGAGAUCAUCUCCAGCGUGCUGAAGCAGCUGUCGAUGGUCCAGGACACCGUGGUCUUCCUGAGCCCCGUGGACCGCCCCAACCUGCAGUUCGAGGUUCGCAUCAAGAACAAGAAAUCGGUGGUCAGGGAGAUUGGCGAGCUGAUCCAUUCCAGCUUCUCAGGACAGUCCGGAAUCAUCUACUGCCUCAGCAGACAGAACUGCGAAGAUGUACAGAAGGAGCUUGCGCAGAUGCAAAUUCGUGCAGAAGUCUACCAUGCAUCAGUGAAUUCAACGCAACGUGCGGCGGUGCAACAACGGUGGAAGCGUGGUGAAACCCCAAUCAUUGUGGCGACGAUUGCCUUCGGCAUGGGUGUUAACAAACGGGACGUCCGGUUUGUGAUCCACCACUCCUUCCCCAAGUCUCUUGAAGGCUACUACCAAGAGGCCGGCCGAGCCGGAAGGGACGGGCGCUGUGCCGCCUGCAUCGUCUUCUAUGACUACGAGGACAAGAAGCGCCACCAGAACCUCGCCCAAGGUGACAGGAAUCAGGCGGUGGAACACACCGAGAAAACAGCUCAGCGCUUGCUGGGCAUGGUCGGCUACCUGGAAGCCCGGGAAUGUCGCAGAAGCCUCAUCGCGCGCUACUUUGGCGGUGCAGGUGAGCUGAAGCAGGUCGUUUGUGGAGGUGGGCCUGCAGUGUGCGACAUCUGCAAGGCUGCUCGUAGUGGAACAACCUUUCAUCACGACAACGUGACGCGAGAAGCACAGAUCGCCGCACAGUUCUUGCGCGCAGUUCGCAGCCUCCCCGCACAUGGUGGCAGUCCCAUUACCUUGAACACGACUCGUGAUGCCUUGCUCGGUGCCAAGCAUCAGAAGCUGGCUCGCUGGCAAGACGUACCCGGCUUCGGGCUGCUGGGCAACAACGGCUGGUGUGACAGGGAGGUUCUUCGGCUUCUGCGCCGGCUGGUGAUUGAGUCGAUCUUGGCAGAGGAGAUUACCACGCCAGCCGGAGCGAGUGGCAAUGUCACAGUCGCAUACUUGAUCGAGGGCCAUUGCAUCAAUGCCCUGCUACAAGGCGAAAUUGCGGUGUACCUCUGCCGUGACACGAAGCCGCCGCAGGCCAGCACAUCUUCGAAGCGUCGGAUUUCUCGCACGGCGACGAACAGCCGGAAGAAGGCUGCUGCGGCGAAAGGCGCAGCUCGAGUCCGAUCACCAGCUGUGCCACAGCCACAGUCAGCUUCUGGUCCUGUGGGUCCUGCAGCUCCACCGCAGGAAGUGGGAAUGAACCUGCAACAGCCUGUUUGGCAAUCGCCCCAGGCCCCUGCGCACCAGGCCCAGUUUCCCAUGCAGGGCAUGCAGCCGGCUUUUCAAGAGCAGCACUUUAUGCAGUCACCUCCGCAGCAAUAUCCACAAUUGCAGCAGGUGUACCAGCAGCAAAGCCAACAGCCUGUGCCCCAAAAUUGGCAGAUGCCGCAAUCACAAGGCCAGCCGCAUCUGCAGGCUCAGUUCCCGAUACAGCAGGCACCCCCUGUCCUGCAGCAGCAGUUUCAACAUGCUCCAGGGCCUUAUCAACAGCCCGGUGUCCCACAAUUUCGGCCUCAGUAUGAGCAGCUGACUUCCCGGCAAGGCCACCCCCACAACCACCAACCACUUCAUCCCCAGCUUUCGCAACCCAGCAUGGCUGCGAUGCAGUCACAGUACCCGCAAGCUGCACCGCCGCAAGCCACACAUCUGCCUCCGCAGCUCCACACCGACAUGUUGCCACCGCACGCAUCGCAAUUGAUGCCUCCUCCUGGCCACUACGGCCAACAAGCCCUUGGAAGCAUGACGCCGACCGGCCCCUGCAUACAGCAGCCUGUCCUGCCCAUUUGGUUUGUUGUUUUGUGGAUGCAUUAUAGCGGCUCUAUGAACUCGAAGGUUAGCCCCAUAAACCCUACUGUAAACCCUAAACCCAUAGCCUUAAAACUCAGUUUGAAGGUUACUGGCCCGGUCGGCUGUCAGGGUCGAGCACAAACCUUUGGGUGUGUCUUAUGA